GCGGCCUGACGACGCCUCCACCGAGCGAAUGAAGUGGCGGGAGUAGCCGGUUUUCUCCCGAGCAGCUGUUGCUCAGACAAGUGGCUUUCGAAGCUGAGGGAGCAAGAGGGAUCUAUCAUCUAUCUCCUCCUUUUGAUGGCGGUGUGUCAUGGCCAGGUGAAUAACAGAUGCUAUAUCAUCUAUCAUAGAGCAGUACUGUCGAUAUGCCAAUUUCAAAAAUGUAAUUUCAAGAUCAAACAAACAUGGAGAGUUUAAUAAAUACAUCAUCUAUAAAAAUGUAUGGUACAAGAAAGUCCACCAACAUUUCAUGUUUAAGGAAAGUAAAUAACUGUUGUGUCUUGACUGCAAGAUCGCUUGGUUUGUAUGGGAACGAAGUUGGUGCCAUUCACAGGAAAAACUUGGCCAUCCUCUGUCAGUUAGUAUGUCAGAAAACUACAACUUUUGAGAGAGUUUGGACAAAACAAUCAAAUUCACCAGUGAUUUAUGAAAAAGGAAAGAUUUAUCUCGACAAUUACAGAUGCUGUUUUAUCAGUACUGGCCCUCAGCCGAUCUUGCUUUAUGAAUUGCCCAAACUCCAGAAGUCUGAGAAGAUUGAGGAUGCUCUACUUUGUGAGUCACCUGUGGGAGAAAUGUUACCCAAACCAUCAGAUCACAAGCCUGCGAUCUUGACUCUUACUGCGAACAAUUGGCUUAUCCGCAUGUCUACCAAGACUGCAGAGAUUCUCGAAAAAGUUUACCUCUCAUCUCAGUGGAAGUUCAGGUAUCUGACGUGGGAUAAUACUCAAGAGACCUUGGUAGUAAAGACUACACAGAACAAGGUGGCUGCCGCCCGAUCGGGUGGAAAUCGACACUCAAUUCUUUUACAUUUAGCUUUGUUCAGUGUUCUACCUCUUACGUUUAUCGGAAUGAUGGGUAUUGACAAAAAGAUCUUUGGAAACAAUGUAACAGAUGCUACUGUUUCUCAGGGUUUACUCAUUGUGACACACAGUGUGGGCCUGGUCAAGCUCUACAGUUUUCAAUGGAUUGCUGAAAAGUUUACACAGAAACAAUGUAUUCUUGGCCAAAACUGUGAAUGGAACAACACAACUGGGAUUGUAGGUGCAGCUCCAUUUGGAAUUCCAUGUAAUAUUAACAUAACAGAUUGUCCACCUAUUCUAUUUGAAGUGGCUUGUCUUGAAAGCGCAUUGCAGAUUGGAGGAUAUCCCUGGCAUUACAUCAUUACACCUAAUAAGCAAAACCAGAAGGGCAUCUACCAUAUUUGUUCGCUAAAGGAUAAAAAAUUGGCAGAGAAUGGAAUUCAAGAGAUGCAAAGUUUUUCAUUGGAAACUGAUUGGAUAUAUUUCCAUCCGGAUGACUCAGGAAGGAUCAUGCAUAUUGGGCCAACACAGAUUAAUGUGUUGCAGUUGAUUGAAAAAUCUGAAGAUGAGCAAAGAUGGCAGGUUUUACAAGCCUUUACUAUUUUAUCUAAAAGAGAAAGAAAGGUAGAGAACUCAGUAACGGUGACGGCCUAUGGCCGAGUUGUGAAAAGACAGUUUUCUGAAUUGGAUGAUGAUCAGUAUGAGGUAGACUCAACUACGUUAUGGACUGUCAAAUCUAAUGUUUGUUAAAAGUCCACUUCUUGCUGGCGAUCUCCAUCAGACUCUCAGAACCUCAGCAGACUCUCGCGACCAUGCUCCGAUGCCCAAGGUCACCUGAUCUGACCUCUGGAUAAUGAACAGCCUCCAACUCUUCGGCACAAUGCUCCCUGACCCAAAAUUUCUGCAGCAUGACCCCUUUCUCCCACCUCCAAGGGCCCUAUGCUCCAUGACCUACCCUGUUUCAAUGACAAAGGAUUGGCCUUUUUGUACAUAGUCUUCAUGCAGUAAGGCGGACCUGUGUACAAAGUGGCCUGCUGCCAUUUCCUGUUUAAAGCAUCUUGUACAGAAUUCUGGACCUGAUUAUCUUUUCAGAAGCCAAGUCCAAGUUUAGUUGAUUCCAUUAGCAGAAACAGCAAAUUAAAAAUUAUUGCAUUGCAUACAGAGGUAUCAUUUAGACCUUUGUGGAUGGCAAUUCAGGUUGGUAAAGGCUUCCUGUAUCUUAAAAAGCCACCGUGCAGCUAUCUGAGCAUGUUGAUGUUUGCAUAUGAUUGAAAAUAAAUAUCAUUGCACUUGAUAAUGUUGUUUAAUUUGUAUUUAUUUCUAACUUGCAUUUCAAUCUUCAAUUUUUGCCGGAUACCAAAUUGGAUGAAGCAUAUGCAUUCUGAACAGUCGUGGGUAGAAGUUCUUGUAUUUCAAUUAAUAAUACAAAAUAUAACCUGAUAAAUUUAGCAUACGUUAUGUUGAGCCUGUUCAAUGGAUAUAUACUUAGAAGUUCUUCACUUUCUCCAUGAUUUAAUUUUAAGUCAAAUAGAAUUGUUAAAUGUAUUCCCAUGAUCUUGUUUAAAA